ACACAUCUUAAAUAGGGAUCCAAAAAAGGGCCAUUUUUUAAAAUUUGUUCCCCCAUUGAAAAACCCGAACUGACAGUAUCGUCUUCCUAGCUAAAACCCUAAAAACCCUAAUUGCGGCAGAGCUUGAGAAAUUUUUUACAGUACACAACAAUGGAGAACAAUCAAUUGUUAAAAGUUUCAGAAAUUGAAGGAAGAGGAAGAGGAAUUGUCUCUACUCAACCCCUAAAACCUGGACAAAUUAUCCUCAAAGACUCUCCUCUCCUUCUUUACUCUGCUUCUGUGAAGAACAGCACUUUUUGCUCAAAUUGCUUCAGGGUAAUCCUCCAAUCUCCAAUUCCUUGCUCAUGGUGCUCUUCUUCAUUCUUCUGUACCUCUAAUUGUCAGUCUAUAGCUUUAUCCUCUUCUCAUACUCCUUGGGUUUGCCAAUCCUUAACUCACUUAAAAAACACCUUUUCUUCUCAUAGUUUGAAUGUUGAUCAACAAAUUCAAGCAUUUUUUCUUAUCUCAGCUUAUAAUUUAGCAGUGAUUUCUCCUUCUUCGUUUCGUGUGCUGUUAUCUCUUCAAGGGGAUUCGUCAUUUGUGUCGGAAAGUGAUGUUCUUUUGCUUCAUUCUCUCGUUGCUACGUGCCCGUCGUUGAAUCUUGGUGAAUUUGGGUUCUCUAAAGAGCUUACUGCGGCUCUUUUGGCUAAGGAUAAGGUGAAUGCAUUUGGGUUGAUGGAACCUUUUGAGGUUGAUAGAGAAAGGGGUGUUAGGGCUUAUGGGAUUUAUCCGAUGGCGUCGUUUUUCAAUCAUGAUUGUCUUCCGAAUGCGUGUAGGUUUGAGUAUGUUGAUACGGAUGUUAAUAGCAGGAGUAAUACUGACAUUGUUGUUAGGGUGAUUCAUGAUGUUCCUGAGGGGAGGGAGAUUUGUUUGAGUUAUUUCCCUGUGAAUUUUAAGUAUGCGGAAAGGCAGCAAAGGUUGAAGGAGGAUUAUGGUUUUACUUGCAAUUGUGAUCGGUGUGUGGUUGAGGCUAAUUGGUCUGAUGGUGAGGAUGAUGCUAUGGAUAAAGAGGGUGAGGAAAGUGAAGAAGAAGAGGAAGAGGAUGAAGAGAUGGAGGAAGACAUGGAUGAUGAAGUAAAUGUAAAUGGCGAGGUGGAGGAGAGAGAUCAAGAUUUUCCUCACGCGUAUUUCUUCCUUAGAUACAUGUGUAAUCGAGAGAACUGCGGGGGUACAUUGGCUCCGUUGCCUUCUCCAUCCUCAGUUAUGGAAUGCAAUGUUUGUGGUAAUUUGAGCAAAUCUGAUGAGCUAUAAGGUUUGCGCUGGGGACUAUUGAAUCUACAAGGUUGAAGUUAAAGGGGGUAUGAUCUCAUCCAUGACAUGGUAUACAGCAGAUACUCACAUCAGAUAGUUGUUUUCUGUGGAUGUUACAUAUGAACAACCCAGGACAGCUGUGCUUACAUUGCUGAAAAGAAUGGUUGGUUACUUCUAAUUCUGUACAAUCAAGAAUAAAUGAAUUGUCAAUCAUUUUUUUUUUAGAAUAUAUAUAUAUAUAUGGUACCCUCUCAUUAACAAAUCAGUCAGAUUCUUCUUCUCUUUAGUAUUAUUUAAGAAGUUAGUCUAUGUGUGCCUAGAAUUCUAUCUCUAUGAAAUUAUUAAAUCCAUAUAUAUAAGUAAGCAGAUCUAAUUAAUAAACCAUUUCUUUGACUACUGAUUAUAUUAAAGAUUAAUUCUUUGGAUUGAAAUCUGCAUUUAGAAAUGAGAACACCUGGAUUAUUAUUUUGGAUAGACAGAAAACAAGUGUUAAAUAUAAUUUAUAACAGAAACAAAGAUAUGAAGACCGACUAAAUCAGAGCAUAAAUAUUCACACCUUUCUAGUUGUUUGAAAACAAUCAUAACAAGCCCAAAACAAACAAACUUGUUUCCACAAAAAGUUUGUUUUUUUUUUGCUAAGAAACCAAACUUUGCUAUAACAA